GAGAAGAAGAAGAAGUUGUGCUGCCUGCCCUUCACAUCCGUCUACAUCCUCUGAGGCUCUGCUCCCUGCCGCAGCUCAACCAUGGCCCUGCUCAAGUCAAACAAGGUGAUCUACUGUCUGGGGAACAUUUCUCCGUCCCUGGGGGUCCUGUCCUCCCGCAACAGCUCAUGGUGGGGUGGAUUGCCGAUGGGCCCCCCCGAUCCCAUCCUGGGGGUCAGCGAGGCCUUCAAGAAGGACAGCAACCCCAAGAAGAUGAACCUGGGAGUGGGAGCCUACAGGGACGACAAGGGCAAGCCCUUUGUGCUCAGCUGUGUCCGCAAGGUAUGACUGUCACCAAGCCUG